GUAGCAAUUGCCCAUUAAUUUUGUACCAUCGUUCGCCACCGCUAUCACUAUAAAAAGUGGCAUCUCAUUGUGGUUUGAUCAAUCCAUACAUUUUUAAAACAAUUUUGAGAAAAGUUCUUAGAUUUUGUUGAUCAAUGGAGCAUUUGUUUUCUUUGUGUUGUUUAGUGAUAAUGGUGUUUUUCAGUGUCCCUCUUGGAGCUGAGGCUCGGGCUUUCUUUGUCUUUGGGGACUCUCUAGUUGAUAAUGGCAAUAAUGACUUCCUAUUCACUACUGCUAGAGCCGAUUCACCACCUUAUGGCAUUGACUAUCCCACUCAUCGUCCCACUGGCCGCUUCUCUAAUGGCCUUAACAUCCCAGAUCUAAUCAGUGAGCAUAUGGGAAUGGAGUCCCCAUUGCCAUACUUGCAUCCGUCGCUAAAGGGAGACAAGCUCCUAGCUGGUGCCAACUUUGCUUCUGCUGGAAUUGGAAUCCUCAAUGAUACUGGAGUUCAAUUUUUAAAUAUAGUUCGGAUGUGGAAACAAUUAGAGUAUUUCCAACAAUUCCAAGUCCGACUGACAGAUAUUGUUGGACCAGACCGAACUCGUGAGAUAGUCAGCAAUGGGAUCUCACUCAUAUCCCUUGGUGGAAACGACUUCGUGAACAACUACUACCUUGUUCCACUUUCUGCUAGAUCUCGCCAAUUCUCUCUACCAGAUUAUGUUCGCUAUGUAGUUUCUGAAUAUAGAUACAUUCUUUCGACAAUGUAUGAUGUGGGAGCCAGAAAGGUGUUGGUGAUGGGCACAGGACCUAUGGGAUGUGUGCCGGCAGAAUUGGCACAACGGAGUAGAGCCGGAGAAUGUUCAGUAGAGUUGCAACGGGCAGCCAAUUUAUUCAACCCUCAACUGAAUGAUAUGUUAAAAGGACUCAAUGAUGAGAAGGGUAGUAAUAUUUUCGUAGCCGCUAAUACAAUGAAAAUGCAUAUGGAUUACAUAUCUAAUCCUCAAGCCUAUGGAUUUAUAACAUCAAAAGUAGCAUGUUGUGGACAAGGACCAUACAAUGGACUUGGAUUAUGCACACCAAUGUCAAACUUGUGUCCAAACAGAGACAUCUAUGCAUUUUGGGAUCCUUUCCAUCCUUCAGAAAGGGCCAAUAGAAUUAUUGUGCAACAAAUUAUUGGUGGCACUUCCAACUACAUGAAUCCGAUGAAUCUUAGCACCAUCCUGACCAUGGAUUCCAAGGCUUGAUCUUUUAUUUUAUGUAUGAUCCAUUGUAUCCAACUUUGUUUAUUGAAAGUAAUUCUUAGUUUGUAUUUUCUAUAUUAAGUUGAAGCAAGAUGUAUGUGUGUUUGUAGUUAAUAACAUGCUUAAGUUAUUGUUUAAGGCAUAAUUAAGGUUUGGAUGAAUUUGUCUUUGUUCCA